AUGCAUUUAUUUGACUGGCCCUUUAUCUUGUGUCGCUUCACCUCAACGCCCCCACACCCUUCAACGAUGCAGAAGGCUUCGACUCGCUUCAUCAGUCUUCUAUCGACUUGUGUGUCCCUGUUGGCUCUGCCGACGCCCACAGAAAUCCAAGCUUGCUGGGAACUUUGCCGACUGCACAGCAACAUCGGGUUCUGGGUCGUGUGGUUGCCAACAGCAUGGUCGAUAACAAUGGCCUUUCGCGCCCAGCCAGAUCUGACGCUCGCAGAGGCCGUUGUAUGCGCAAUGACCUAUGUUCCCCUUUGCUUCGGCGUCAAGUCUCUGAUCAUGACUAUUGAUGACCUUCUUGACUACGACAUCGACGGCCUUGUCGAAAGGACGAAAGGGCGGGCCCUCCCGCGCGGCGCCAUUUCUCUUCCGCGCGCCUGGACCUUCUUCGUAAUCCAAGUCAUCAUCGGUAUCCCUCUCGCUCUAUUGACCCUCAGCCGUACCGCUCUGCUCAUCUCCAUGGCGGUCUGGCCACUCUACAUCAUCUAUCCGACUUGCAAACGCUGGACGUACUUCGCGCCUAUUCCACUAGGAUUCAUGUUCACGGUUGGUGUCUUCAUGGGCUGGAGCGACGUCAGCCUCGACGGGACCAUCCCUUGGCAUAUUUUGGUCCCAAUCUACUUCAGCACGAUCUUGUGGACCUUUACUUACGAAACCGUCUACCAACACCAGGACAAAAUGGACGACAUCAACCUUGGGAUUUACUCUGCAGCUCUCUUUCUUCUGCAGCGGACUGUGCCAGUAUGCGCCGCCACGGCAGUCGGGUUUUUCCUUCUGCUCGCUUACGGAGGCGUCAUGAACGGACACGGGAUUACCUUCCUUGCAAGCGUGGUAGUUGCCGCCGUGGAUCUUUUUUCGGGCCUGCUGGGAACCAAUGUCGACAAUCCAGCCGAAUGCAAAAAGUUCUUCCUCGCUACACCGCGUAUCGGACAGUGGGUACUUGGCGGACUGGUCGCCGACAGCCUGCUGCAUCGCUUCUUAGAGGGCACUUUCAAGAUUUACUAA